AUGAAGAUUUCUCAAGAGACAAUUAGCAAACUACAGCUGGAUGCUUCUUGCAUCAGGAACAUAUGUAUCCUUGCACAUGUUGAUCAUGGCAAAACAUCACUAAGUGAUUCAUUGUUGGCAACAAACGGAAUCAUCUCGCAGCGCAUGGCAGGAAAGAUACGAUACUUGGACUCAAGAGAAGACGAGCAACUAAGAGGAAUCACAAUGGAGGCAUCUGCUAUUUCGUUGUACUUUAGAAUCAUGAGAAGGCAGAAAGGAGAUGAGUCAGAAGCAAAAGUUGAAGUCAAAGAGCAUUUGAUCAAUUUAAUCGAUUCACCUGGUCAUAUCGAUUUCUCCUCGGAGGUAAGCACGUCGUCAAGACUUUGUGACGGAGCUAUAGUCUUGGUCGAUGCUGUUGAAGGUGUGUGCUCACAAACCAUCAAUGUUUUACGUCAAUGCUGGAUUGAUAAACUAAAACCUGUCUUGGUCAUUAACAAGUUGGACCGAUUAAUCACUGAAUGGAAGCUUAGUCCACUAGAGGCUUACCAACAUAUAUCAAGAGUCAUUGAACAGGUUAACUCGGUUAUAGGAUCAUUCUAUGCGGGAGACAGACUCGAAGACGAUUUAAAUUGGCGAGAAGCGGGUGAAGUGGGAGAAUUUGUCGAAAAAGACGAUGAAAAUUUGUACUUUGUCCCCGAAAAGAACAAUGUGGUAUUUGCUUCUGCAAUUGAUGGGUGGGCAUUUACCGUCAAAACUUUUGCUGAGAUCUAUCUGAAGAAAUUAGGCUUUUCUCAAAAUGCACUUGCCAAGACCCUCUGGGGUGAUUUCUACUUGGACAUGAAGACCAAAAAGAUUGUUCCUGGUAAAAAGAUUAAAAGUGGCAGCCUGAAGCCAUUAUUUGUGUCGUUAAUUUUGGUCCAAAUUUGGGCCGUUUAUGAAAAUUGUUUACUUGAAAGAAAUCAGGAAAAAUUAGAGAAAAUUAUCGAGAAAUUGGGGGCCAAGAUCUCGCCUCGUGAUUUGAGAUCGAAAGAUUUGAAGAACUUGCUAAAUCAAAUAAUGUCACAAUGGAUACCUUUAAGUCACGCCGUAUUAGGAACGGUCAUUGACAACUUGCCUAGUCCCGUUGAAGCACAACUGGAGAGGAUAGACAAGAUCCUAGAGGAAACUGUUUAUAGUGCAGUUGACACCGAACUGGACAAGAGUAAGCUUGUUGAUCGCAGUCUUGUGAAGGCCAUGCAUGACUGUGACAGCUCUCAUGCAGAAACCCAUACUAUGGCCUAUGUGUCAAAACUAAUUUCAGUGCCUAAUGAGGAACUACCAAAAGAGACACAAGUAGGAGCCAAUGUUUCCGCGGAAGAGCUAAGAGAGAGGACCAGAAUUGCGAGAGAGUUGGCUAAGAAAGCAUCAGAAGCUGCUGCGGCGGCACAGGACAACAGAGCAAACGAUGAGUAUACAAUCAAUCCAAAGAAGGAUCCGUUUGAAUGGGAGUUUGAGGAGGAGGAUUUUGAGCAACGACUGGAUGAGGAUGAUGAUGAAAUUGGCAGUUCGGCAGAGACUUUGGUGGGAUUUACUCGUGUGUAUUCUGGUACCUUAUCGAAAGGACAAAAACUAACCGUGAUUGGACCGAAAUAUGACCCUUCAUUACCAAGAGAUCACGAAAAGAAUGUUGACCAAAUUGUGGAUGGGAUAGAAAUUAAGGAUUUGUUUUUGAUCAUGGGUAGGGAGUUGGUGAGAAUGGAGCAUGUGCCUGCUGGAAAUAUCGUUGGUGUGGUUGGUUUAGAUAAUGUUGUUCUCAAGAACGCCACCAUUUGCUCUUCCUUACCCCCAGAUAUGCCGUAUAUCAAUUUUGCUUCCACUUCAACUUUGAUCCAUAACAAACCUAUCAUGAGGAUAGCUGUUGAACCAACAAAUCCAAUGAAGUUGGCAAAGUUGGAGCAUGGUUUGGAUUUACUUGCUAAAGCUGAUCCUGUCUUGGAGUGGUACGUUGACGAUGAAUCUGGGGAAUUGAUUGUUUGUGUUUCGGGUGAACUUCAUUUAGAAAGAUGUUUAAAGGAUUUGGAAGAAAGGUUUGCAAAAGGUUGUGAAGUCACCGUCAAAGAGCCAGUGAUUCCAUUCCGAGAAUCAUUGGCGGAUGAUAUUGUGAGCAAAGAUAGAGCUGAUGAGCAAAUACAGGAAGAAGACGAAGGUGACGAUAAUGAGCUUGUUAGUCUCGAUUUUGACGUUUGCCCCUUGCCCAGUGAAGUUACUCAACUUUUGAUCGAUAACGAAUCAUUAUUAAGCGAGAUUGCCAGAAGCAAGAGCAUUACACUGGAGGUUAAGCAAUCGUUGGUUGAGAAAUUGACGACACUUGUCGACAAAGAGAAGUCAUUUUAUGGUUUUGAAAAUGCAAAGUUUUUUAUUGAUAACAUAGUGGCGUUUGGUCCUAAGCGAGUUGGCCCAAACAUCUUGCUAGACAAAACAAACAAACUCAAGCACCUUUUUGCCCCCAAUCAACCUGAAAAGCCAUUUCCAUUUGAAAAUAAUGUUUUGAAUGGUGCCCAAUUAGCACUCAACGAAGGUCCACUAGCUGAUGAGCCAAUGCAGGGAGUAGUUGUCAUUUUGAAGAAGGCCGUUGUGAAUGAUAUUGACGAAGACAAAAUUUUGAUCAACAGGGGUAAAAUUAUUAACCAAGCCAAGACCCUAAUCCAUAAACUGUUUUUGGUCAAAUCGCCUCGUCUUCUUCUUGCAAUGUAUACAUGUGAAAUUCAAGCUGCAGCUGAAGUCUUGGGAAAGGUUUAUGCCGUUGUACAAAAACGUGAGGGUUCAAUUAUUUCAGAGGAAAUGAAAGAAGGAACUCCAUUCUUCACUGUCGUUGCUAGACUCCCCGUUAUCCAGGCAUUUGGAUUUAGUGAAGAUAUCAGAAAGAAAACUUCGGGUGCUGCUAGUCCACAAUUGGUGUUUGAUGGGUUCGAUACUCUCGAUAUUGAUCCCUUUUGGGUGCCUCACACAGAGGAAGAAUUGGAGGAACUAGGUGAAUUUGCCGAAAGAGAAAAUAUUGCAAGGCGGUACAUGAACAACAUCAGAAGGAGAAAAGGGUUGUUUAUUGAUGAAAAAGUGGUGAAAAAUGCAGAAAAGCAAAGAACUUUGAAGAAAGAUUAG